AUGAACAAUUUCGACGAGACAGGCUGUCUUAACGCGUGGGGGCCCAACUCUGAAGCCGAAGUUGCAGUCGUCAAGUCCGUUUCACCGAAUGAGAAAGUCCAGAACCCAGGUCUUUUCGAGUGUGCCAACGGAGACCAUACCUGCAACGAGAAUGGCAAUUUACGCAAUGUGAGCAAAUACUACAAAGCUCUUGUCCUGUACAACUCGGGUGUCCUCGCAGAGUCUGGCAACCAGGGAGAUGGUCGCGCUACUGCUUGUUACGCGAGCAAUCUCGCCAGUCGUUUGAUGGGAUGGACCGGCAUUGGUAGGACUUGUGACCCAGACACUAUUGGCGAUUAUGACGGAACCCCAGCUGAGCUCAGGCCUACUGGCGGAGAUAGUUGCUAA